GGCCAACUGCUGUUAUGUUUAUGAUAUACUAUGGUGUUGUGUCACUAGACUUUGACCAGAUAUUAUUACAUCCAAAGAUCAACUGAACCUAGAACAUAGAUACAGAGACACUUGUCAUCAGGAAGGUGAUCUCUCAGCACAACGGAAAAUAUCUCAAUGACUUGACAUGUUCUGGUUGUGAAUUCAGGCUACAAGGGGUCAGUUCUCUAAAAUGAGUCUCUCUGGAGCGAGAAAGAAGGGGGGCCCUGCCUCUAAAACUAGUCUCUCUGGGGAGAGAGAGAAGGGGGGCCCUGCCUCUAAAAUGAGACUCUCUGGGGAACAUGACACCAAAGCUAAGAGCCCAAUCAAGCAGGAGAGACCAGCCUCCCCUGUUCCCAGCUGUGUGUCCAUGAAGAGUGACUGGUCUAUGGAUCUACCUAUAGAGUUUAGAGAGGGAGACUUUUCUACUGAACAAAGUCCAAUCAGGCAGGAGAGACCAGCCUCCCCUGUUCCCAGCUGUGUGUCCAUGAAGAGUAACCGGUCUAUGGAACCUCCUAUAGUGUUUAGAGAGAGAGACUUUUCUACUGAACAAAGAAACCAACAGGAGAGAUCAGGGUCAGAGAUUCUCAGUUGUCAGUCUUCCCAGAGUCAUCAAACAGACCUGGACUCCAUAUUCAGUUUGCUUGAACAGAAAAUUAUGACAUUUGUGAAGAACGAGCUGAAGAUGUUCAAGAGGAUUCUUAGUCCAGAACUCCCAGAAGGCUUUGAGAGUCAGAAGCAGGAUAAGGAAGUGGUGGAUGCUGAAGAUGAGCAGCAGGAGAGCAGUGCCAGAGAGGGGGCUCUGAAGAUCACACUGCACAUCCUGAGGAAAAUGAACGAGAAGGAGCUUGCUGACACACUGGAGAAAUAUGAGCUUGCUGUGAUUUGCCAACGUGAACUCAAAUCUAAUCUAAAGAAGAAGUUUCAAUGUGUAUUUGAGGGGAUCGCUAAACAAGGAAACCCAACACUUCUCAAUAAGAUCUACACAGAGCUCUACAUCACAGAGGGUGGAACAGGAGAGGUCAAUAAUGAACAUGAGCUGAGACAGAUUGAGACAACAACCAGGAAACAAGCAAGACCAGAGACUGCAAUCAAAUGUAAUGACAUCUUCAAACCCUUAACUGGACAAGACAAACCUAUCAGAACUGUGCUGACAAAGGGAGUCGCUGGCAUUGGAAAAACAGUCUCUGUGCAGAAGUUCAUUCUGGACUGGGCUGAAGGAAAAGCAAAUCAGGAUGUCCAAUUUGUAUUUUCAUUCCCUUUUCGGGAGCUGAAUUUGAUGAAAGGGGACAAACACACUUUCAUUGAACUUCUUAAUCACUUCUCAAUGGAAACUAAACAAUCAGGAAUCUCCAACUACAACAAGUACAAAGUUAUGUUCAUCUUUGAUGGUCUGGAUGAGUGCCGACUGCCCCUAGACUUCCAGAAGAACAAGAUCUGUUGGGACGUCACAGAGUCAACCUCAGUGGAUGUUCUGCUGACAAAUCUCAUCAAGGGAAAUCUGCUCCCCUCUGCUCUCCUCUGGAUAACUACCCGACCUGCAGCAGCCAAUAAGAUCCCUUCAGUGUGUGUUGACCAGGUGACAGAGGUACGAGGGUUCAAUGACCCACAGAAGGAGAAGUACUUCAGGAAGAGAUUCAGUGAUGAGGACCUGGCCAGCAGAAUCAUCUCACACAUAAAGACAUCAAGGAGCCUCCACAUCAUGUGCCACAUUCCAGUCUUCUGUUGGAUUUCUGCAACAGUCCUUGAACACAUGCUGAAACAUAAGAGAGAAGAGAUGCCCAAGACUCUGACUGAGAUGUACACACACCUUGUGGAGUUUCAUACCAAACAGAAGAAUGAAAAGUAUCUUGGGAAAGAAGGGACAGGUCCACACUGGGAUAAAGAGAGCAUUCUGUCACUGGGAAAACUGGCUUUUCAACAGCUUGUGAAGGGCAAUCUGAUUUUCUAUGAAGGAGACCUGAAAGAGGCUGGCAUUGAUGUCAAUGAAGCCUCAGUGUACUCAGGAUUGUGCACACAGCUCUUUAAAGAGGAAUGUGGGCUGUACCAGGACAAGGUGUACUGCUUUGUUCAUCUGAGCAUUCAGGAGUUUCUGGCUGCUGUAUAUGUGUUCCUCUCAUUCAUCAACAACAAUGAGAAUCUAAUGGAUGAACUGCAAACAAACGACAAGCCUGAAGUUACUUUCUACAAGAGUGCUGUGGAUAAAGCCUUACAAAGUGAGACGGGAAACCUGGACCUUUUCCUCCGCUUCCUUCUGGGCCUCUCACUGGAGUCCAAUCAGAAGCACUUACGAGGUCUACUGACAAAGACAAGAAGCAGCUCACAGAGCCAUGAAGAAACAGUCAAGUACAUCAAGGAGAAGAUCAGGGAGAAUCCCUCUCCAGAGAGGAGCAUCAAUCUGUUCCACUGUCUGAAUGAACUGAAUGACCAUUCUCUAGUGGAGGAGAUCCAAAGCUACCUGAGAUCAGGAAGUCUCUCUAGACCCAAACUGUCACCUGCACAGUGGUCAGCUCUGGUCUUUGUGUUGCUGACUUCAGAAAAGGAGCUGGAUGUGUUUGACCUGAAGAAAUACUCCAGAUCAGAGGAAGGUCUUCUGAGGCUGCUGCCAGUGGUCAAAGCCUCCAGAGCUGCUCUGCUGUCAGGCUGUGGAGUCACAGAGAAAGGCUGUGCUUCUCUGGUCUCAGCUCUGGAGUCAAACCCCUCACACCUGAGAGAGCUGGACCUGAGUAACAAUGACCUGAAGGAUUCAGGAGUGAAGCUGCUCUCUGCUGGACUGGGGAAUCCCCACUGUAAACUGGAGACUCUGAGGUCAGUAUUAUCAGAUAUGAAAGCACUUUAUGUAUGUAGUUCUCCCAUUUGAAUUGUCGUAAUUAUU